CGUCUUUUUUUUUUUCCCAAGUCGGUGGCCCUGUCUAGGAUGGCUUGCCUUCUUAUACCAGCGUCGCUGGUAGCGCCGGCCCUGCAUCCUCAUCGUCCAGAGCAUCCUUCCGUCUUGUCACUUUUGCAACGCACUGCACACCUCCAGCAAGCCAACUAUGCUCACUGCCCAAGCCACCACUAACGGCGCGACCAACGGCGCCACCUCUGCUGCUGGAAAGUACCACGGAUACGACCACCUCACCUUCUGGGUCGGCAACGCCAAGCAGGCCGCCUCGUAUUACUGCACCCGUUUCGGUUUCGAGGCGGUUGGGUAUAAGGGCCUUGAGACCGGCGACCGUGACGUCGCCAGCCACGCCGUUCGCCAGAACAACAUUGUCUUUGUGUUCCAGUCCCCACUGAACCCAGGGAACACCGAGUUUGGUGACCACCUCCAGCUUCACGGCGAUGCCGUUAAGAACGUUGCGUAUGCGGUCGAUGACUGCCGCCGUAUUUACGAGGCUGCCGUUGCUCGUGGUGCGAGGUCCAUCCGUGCUCCUUGGGUCGAGAAGGAUGCCAACGGUUCUGUAGUGUUUGCCACCAUCGGCACAUAUGGUGAUGUCGAACACACGUUCGUCGAGCGUACCAACUACAAGGGCGAUUUCCUCCCUGGUUACGUGCCAGCGCGAGGAGGCCAGCCCGACGCCCUCCUCUCCCUCCUUCCCCCAACAUUUCUCGAAUACGUCGACCACAUCGUCGGAAACCAGCCCGACCUCGAGAUGGUGUCGGCCUGCGAGUACUACGAGAAGACGCUUGGCUUCCACCGUUUCUGGAGUAUCGACGACAAGAUGAUGCACACUGAGUACUCCGCUCUUCGGUCGAUCGUCAUGACUGAUGCGGACGAAGUCAUCAAGAUGCCAGUGAACGAGCCAGCAGCUGGCAAGAAGAAGUCGCAGAUCCAAGAAUUCGUUGACUACCACGGUGGCGCUGGAGUGCAGCACAUUGCUCUUCGGACGAAAGACGUCAUCACCUCCGUCUCCAAUCUUCGUGCCCGUGGUGUCGAGUUCCUUUCCAUCCCAGAGACGUACUACGAAAACUUGAAGCUUCGUCUCCAGACAUCUGCAGUGAAGGUGACGGAAGACCUUGAGAUCAUUAAGAAGCUCCACAUCCUUGUGGACUAUGAUGAGAACGGUUACCUUCUCCAGAUCUUCACGAAACCAGUCGAGGACAGGCCAACGCUCUUCAUCGAGAUCAUUCAACGGAAAAACCACCAAGGGUUCGGUGCAGGGAACUUCAAGGCUCUGUUCGAGGCCAUCGAGCACGAGCAAGACAAGCGUGGAAACCUGUAAAUGCUGGGUCACCAUUUUAGUUGCAUUCUGUCACUCGCUUUCUUGUCACAUGACGUUUCCUCAAUCAAUAAAAGACAUACAUUUAGGUGAAAUACUCGCGGGCCAUUGUAUUUACGUGCGCGAUAGAUCUGUCUAUCCUAAAACUUGGCUUGACGAGCAUGUUACAUGACUCAUGCGACUUGCAACUUGUCGACGGUAGUGCAAGGAGAGUGGACUGGGUAAUUCAAGAUCAAAGAUGAUCGCGAAACAUUUCUCCGCGAUCGACCUUGCGAUGGAAGGGAACAAGCCGCAGAUUUG